AUGUCAACUCCAACAUCUCGCCUCCGCCGCGCCUUCCGCUACCCCGACGACAACGGCGACUCCCCCGACAAACUCGACGAAGAGCACCAAGAAAAGCUGAUCUCCGACCUCCAAACCAAAGACGCCGCCAAAAACGACCUAUACCGCAAAGCCUUCCUCGCAAUUCCCCUCCUCGCCGCCCUCUUCUUCCUCAUCACACUCAUAACUUCCACCACCGCUCGCCAGCGCCUGAUCGCCCUCCUCUCCGUCUCCUCCCUCGCAGCAACAGCCUGGAUCCUGCACUACCAGCCCAUCGAGGCGCCUGAUAAAAAGGGAAAGAGGCCGGUCUAUCAGGUUGAGGCUGGGAAGGGGCCGGUGGAGAAGUAUUUGGUGUAUUUGAAUGCUGGGUUGGCGGGGUUGUUGGUGGUUGCAGCGAUGUUGAGUUGGAGGAGGGGUUUGGGUGAGGAUGCGUGGAGGCAGGCGUUGCCGGGGAUUAUUUUUGGGUUGACGAUGGCUGCGAGGCAGCUGCUUGCGCCGUUGGAUUUGGAGGAGUUGCAGAGGGCGCGGUAUGGGUUGAAGGGGGCUUGA